AUGAACACGUCGUCGGCGGGCGCGCGGUCAUCUUCAAAGGUCACGGUGCGGUCACGCCUGGAGCCGCUCAGGUUGAGCUCGCUGAGGCUCCUAGGGGCCGGGCCGGCCGAGCGCCUCGCUGGUAUACCGCGAACGAAGCCCUCCUCGCCCAGCGCGGAGGACUUCCUGCGCGGCAGGCUGCUGAACUUGGUCGGGUUCGAGCCGUCGAUGCGGAAGGAGACCUGCGGCCGUCUGUCCGGCCGGGGCGCGCCUGACGCCGACGGCGCACACUCGGCCGCGGCCAUACGUCAGGAGGGCGCCGGCGGUAGCUUCUCGUCGGAGCACUCCGCGUGGACGGCGCGCGAUUUGCCGCCAGCGCAAAGCGACGCGACCCCUCUCAAAGCGGAGCUAGUGUCCUCCUGUAUCAGGUUGAAGCACAUGGCCACAACAACGAUCCCCACUAAUAUGUACACGCAACACACGCCGACGGCCACGUCCUCCGCUUUGGCGGACACCGUCGCCGCG